GGAAUUUGAAACUGAUGAGCAAAGCUAAUCGCUCUAAAGGUAGUAAAAACAAAGCUGAUGUUGCCGGUGAUAAACUACAGCUAGAUCUUGAUUUGGUAUCAAACGAACAAGCUAAUCUACCGAACAGACCGCAUAUAAUUUAUAAUACUUCAAUUGAACAACUUCGAAUUACUGAAGAACGUAUACAGGAAAGACUGAAACAAUUUGAAACUAAACAUUUAUCUCAAGAUCUCUCUGAUGGAUUAAAUUCAAUGCAAAAGCUAAAACAUGUUAUGGUUAGGAAAAUUAUUCCAGAGAAUGAAAGACCGAAAGUUAUGCGCAAUGUUGCAGUUCUGAGAAAAGCUUCAGAAAAUUCUCAACUUGCAGAACAAAUCUCCUCAGUACCGUAUGGCAACAGAAGGCAUUCUCUUCGAAGACCAUCAAAUGUUAAUUGGCAUGCUGCUGGUCUGGGUCCACGUUUCAGUCCUGAAGGAACAUUUUUAAAACAUAGUAUUUUGGGUGAUCCUGUUAUAUUCUAUCAAAUUGCGUUAACUCGUGGUGAUAUCAGUUGGAAUAUGGUCCCCAGAGAAAUUCAAUUACAGCUGCAAGCAACUAUGGCAGAAAUGGAAAAUUUCAAAUUACCUGUUGCAUUGUCGUGUAUUCCAGAGCAAACAAGUCCUGGAUCACAUCCUUCGAAUAGUUCACAAUUAACAAUUAACUAUAGUACAAUAUCAAAUUAUCCAUCCAAUGAACGAAGUAACAACAAAUUAUUCAAUUCAGAGACAAGCAAUUUACAAUUAGAUGGUGAUACUGCAUCGUUAGAGAAUUGGAAAUUGAAAAUUGAACAACAGAAAUUAAUGCAACAAAAACUAUCUAAUUUAACGAAAAGAAAACCUAAUGAAUUAAUAAUGAACUCUGGUGAAAAUGCAUAUGAAAUACAAUUAAUUGGAGAGAAAAUCGAUCGUGUCAUGCCAUUGAUUAAUGAUGGGAAAGGAAGACGAUAUAUGAGUGAAUUUUGGAACCAACCAGAAUAUAUUGGUAAUGCUGAAUCUAGUGAUUUAUGCACAACGCUGACAAUGAAGGAAAAAGGUAUCUAUAAACCAAUAGAAUUUAUCAAAUGCCCUAAAGUUAUAAAGACAGAAAAAGGCCUUAUCUCACCGAAAUACAAUAACAAUGAUGGUUUAAAAGAAAAUAUUACUCGAAUCAAAGAUCAAAACACUUAUUUGAUGAAUAGAACUCAAGAAUUAUCUGACUUAUUAGAUAAAGUUGUGCCAUAUGAACCUCUUAUGGAUGAGUUGUCAAUAACUGGUAGGAAAGUUUUGAAAGAUCAAAUAAAUGAAUCUAAUGAUGCGCAAAAUACAAAUAAAAAAUUAAUAGGAACUACUACUAUUUCAUCAGAUAAUAAUCAUCUACGAACAGAAUCUGAAAAACCGAUCAAUUUACAAUUGAAUUCAAAAAUUACUAAUGAAUCUUAUGUCAAUCAACCAUCUUUAUAUUUGAAUGGUUAUCAUUUGCAUUGGCAAACAAUUUCUUCUAGUUCUUCACCUCAACAAUUAGGUAUGAAUAUUCAUGUAACUUUUGAAAAUGAAUCACCAAUAUUACAAACAGACUAUAUUGAAUUGUUUAAUAAUGGAAACGUUCUUAUAUCGUAUGAAUGGACUCGUAUUCCACAGAGAAAUUAUUUUGAACUGGAUACCAAAGAAAAUAACGUGUUUUAUUUUGACUCUAAAUCAGGAAUGAUACAACCAGGUGAUAUUGUUCACUUACCAAUUACACUAAAAGCCCCUCAUGAAGGAAUUUACAAGGAGAUUUGGCGUUUUGAUACAACUCCAGUGUUUAAAACAGUAUCACCAAUCUGUGUACACUUUCAUGCUAUCUGUGUAUGGCCAGAAUAUCAUCAAUUCUAUUCUUUUCUGGCAAAAGAUAUAUUUAUUCAAUUAGAACAAGAAGCUAACUAUCGAAUGAUCUAUCGAAUGUUACAAAAUUUAAUAAUGAAUAUUCAACCUAAAGAACGUCCACCAAGUCCUAUUCCUGAAGUGAAUACAGAAGAGGCGAUAUUCACUCUAACUAAUCCAACUUUUCACUACAAACACCAUGUGGUUCAAAAAUUGAAACAAUUUUAUAGAGAGAUGAGGGAACGAGAAAGUAAAAUUCUUGGAAGCGAUAACGAAAUCACGAUAUCUAACAUUGAUAACUGGAAAUAUUCUAUAACUGAACUAAGAAAAAUGAUCUACAAAUAUGCACCUGAUAUGACCAAGGUAAAUGCAGCAGCUAAAAGGGAAGAAGAAUUUAACAAAUUUUUUCAGUGUGUUGACCAGUUAGCAUUUCCGUCAAAAACAAGUUUUGUCAGUACAUCUGUAGAACGUUAUAAAAUCUGUUACAUACUCUUGUCACAAAAACUUACCGAUCUCUUUGAUUUGUGUUCAAAUCUCCGUCGGCUUCAUGGACUUUCAGAAUUAACUAGUUGUCCAGUAAAAUCACAGAGAGGUGGUAAAAUCGUCAAUCAAACAAAUGGAAGGACGCCUGUAUCUGCGGUAGCUCGAAAUCUUACACAAACCAAACCGCCAGAUGAAGUUCCAUUCGAUAUUGAAGAUAAACUUUCACCAACUGAUCAACAAUUCUUACCAGACGAUAUUCAAGAAUCCAAUGAAUUGGCUGAACUCCUGAAAACUAUUGCACCAAAUUCGAAAUUAUGGAAACAUAAAGCUUGUUCAAUUGUAUACGUCAAACUUUCUCAGCUGUUAGAUGAUUUAUUCACUUGUUGGAAUGAAAUUUGAUCAAACAAUUAACAGUGAUAUUCGCUUCAUUUCAAUGUGAAAUUUCAUUUUUU